AUGGUCAAUGUUGCUGUGGCUGGAGGUACUGGCGGUGUCGGUCGGACGAUUUUGGAUAUCCUCAGUACUACCGACAAGCACCAGGCAUUUGUACUCUCACGGAAGUAUAUUGAGAACGACAACAAUGUCCUCCAGGUUGACUACAACGACAUUGACCAGCUUGUUGCCGUUCUGGAGACGAAGAACAUCCACACUGUCAUCUGCUGUUUUGCCGUUGAAGGUAGUUCCCUUGCUGACUCCCAACUGAAUCUUAUCCAAGCGGCUGCCCGGUCCAAGGCCACUCGACGCUUUGUGCCCACGGCAUAUGCUAUCCCGUACCCACAGGAGGCUCUUCAAGUCUUGCCUCAACUCAAGGACUACUUCAACGCAAUUGAGCUGCUGAAGGAAUCCGGCUUGCAAUGGACGGUCUUCCUAAACGGUAUCUUCCUUGAUUACUUCGGACCUCCGGAGCUCAAGUCCCACUUGAAGCCAAAUGUGUUCGUGCUUGACAUGAAAAACCGUGUUGCUGCGAUCCCUGGAAAUGGCAACGUCCCCGUUUCCUUCACAUACAGUUACGACCUUGCAAGAUUUGUGGUCGCCGCACUAGAUUUAGAAGAGUGGCAGGAAGAGAGCCGAGUAGUGGGAGAUACGCUGACUUGGCAUGAGUUUGUCGCGCUAGCAGAAGAGAUCCGCGGUCAGUGUCUCUAUCCCUGA